AUGAAUCCAAACCAAAAUGAUGAACCAGUUGAUGAGCAAAUUCCUGAUGUUCCACCUGGAUUUCAACCUCAAACAAAUCAUGUUCAAAUGCUUGUUAAUCUUCUUCAACAAGAAUUCAAAGGAACAGUAAAUCCAGUCGAAGCCAAGAUAUGGCUGACGGAGAUUGAGAAAACUUUUGAGAUAGUUGGAGUAGAGGAAAAUAAGAAAACUAUAUUUGCUGCUUUCAUGCUUAAAGGUGAAACCAAUUAUUGGUGGGAAGCUAAGAAGAAGUUAGAAGGAUCUAACGUGAUACCAUGGGCUAGGUUUACAGAGCUAUUCCUAGAAAAAUACUUCCCUAAGCACUUAGAAAAUCAAAUGGAGAUUAAGUUUCUCGAGCUUAAGCAAGGUAAUAUGUCUGUUGCUGUAUACGAAGCCAAAUUCACUGAACUUUCAAGGUUUGCGCCGUAUCAAGUCGAUACAGAUGAGAAGAAAGCAAGACGUUUCCAGCAAGGUUUGAAGCCUUGGAUUCAAAGCAGAGUUGUUGUUUUCGAAAUUACAAGUUAUGCAACCUUAGUACACAAAGCGUGUAUUGUUGAAACAAGUGGAAAAUUGGCUGCCAAGGAAAGAAAUGAAAAGAAGAGAAAAACCCCACACACUUACCCAAAGUUUGAGAAGAAACCUUGGAACUUCAAUAACAAGAAACCUUUUGUGAAAAAGGAGAUAUCACCAGUAGAGAAUAGUCAGAAGCCCAGGUCUUCACAAACUGCAAAUGUGCUACAAGGAAGAACCCCAUUCCCCGAGUGUAAAACUUGUGGAAAGAAACACCCACCCCCAUGCCAUCAAGAAUCUAAAACCUGCUAUAGUUGUGGAAAGAAAGGUCACUACGCAUCAAGCUGCAAGGAGAAGGCGGUCAUAUGUUUCAGUUGUGGAAAGGAAGGGCAUAUGGCAAGGGAUUGUCCACAAUCCCAGAAGGAUGGUUCUACACCAAAGAUUAAUACACCACUUGAGGGCAAGACCACUAAGCCUACUGCUCGGACUUUCAAUAUGACUCUGAAUGAAGCCAUGGUUGAUAACAACGUCAUAUCGGGUACACUUUCUGUAAACUCUUUGAAUGCCUGUGUGUUAAUUGAUUCUGGAGCAAGUAGAUCUUUUAUAUCUAUUCAGUUCAUGCAUAAGUUGGGAUUGGAGCCAAUACCUUUAGAAGAAACGAUGAGCAUAGAAAUAGCUAAUCAAGAAGUAAUCACCGUAGAUAAAAUCUGCCCAAAUUGUGAGAUAGCUAUACAGAAACAAAAUUUUGCAAUAGAUCUUAUUCCUAUAAAACUUGGAGAGUUUGAAGUAAUUCUUGGGAUGGAUUGGUUGACUAAGUAUGAUGCUCAGAUAAACUGUAGAAAGAAAAGAGUAAGUUUGAAGGGAAAUGAUGGAAAAAGGAUAAUAAUGAGAGGGCAAAAGCAAGUUAAGAAGUUUUUGACAGUAAUGCAAGCGAAAAGAUUACUACGACAAGGAUGUCAGGCAUAUCUAGCUCAUGUAGUAAAUGUAGAAAAGCCAAGUCCUAAAAUUGAAGAAAUUCCCGUCGUUAAGGAAUAUAAAGAGGUCUUCCCUGAGGAAUUACCUGGAUUACCACCUGAUAGGCAAAUAGAAUUCACAAUUGAUCUUGUACCUGGUACAACACCUAUAUCUAAAGCACCUUAUAGAAUGGCACCUGCAGAAAUGAAAGAAUUAGCCACGUAG